AUGUCGUCCAAACGAAGCAGCAGAAACGUUGCGGCCCGCAGCGGAUCAUCGCCGAUUUUGCCCUUUUCAGCCGAUAUUCGCACAUUCUCGUGGAGGUUUGCAGAGCCGGUUUUCACUGGGCAUCAAGCUCAAGUCCCAGUGCCCAGUGGCCGAAAUCAGCAUACCAUAUGCGACCUACCUGUUCUCGUUUCGUCUUUACGAACCUUCUGGCGUCACCAUUUCUCGCAGUCAAGGCCCAGACUGGCCAGUUCAUCGUCGAACAAGCGACAGUGUCUGAAGGCGCCAAGUUUAUGUGUUGCCUUCUGUGCUUGUUCGAACACCCGUUCUCAAACUGCAACCAACUCGGCUCCGGGGACAGGGUUACUUGGAGUCAGAGUUCGACACGGUAGAUCUGCUUCCUCAAGACCUCCUUAG